AUGGUAGAACAACUAUCGUUUAUAUUUUUUAACGAAUCACUUCUGUUCUAUAAUUUAACUAAUUAUGAUAUUCAAGAUUCAUCAUCGACAAUUUUAAUAUCAUCAUCGCAUCCUUAUCCAAUACAAGUGAAUAUAGCACUUGCCGUUAUUGGUACAUUUACAUCAUUACUAACUAUAAGUGGUAAUGUACUUGUGCUUGUCUCAUUUUUUGUCGAUCGACAAAUUCGACAACCGACAAAUUAUUUUAUAUUUUCAUUAGCGAUUAGCGAUUUUUUAAUUGGUUGCAUAUCGAUGCCUUUUUUAACGUUGGGUAUAUAUAAAAAUCAAUGGGUGGUCGGUUCGUUUUUAUGCGAUAUAUGGUUAUCAUUAGAUUACACUGUAUGCUUAGCAUCUAUAUAUACGGUGCUUUUAAUCACCGUCGAUCGUUUUUGUUCAGUUAAAAUUCCUGCGAAAUAUCGAAAUUGGAGAACGAAAAAACGAAUUAUUUUCUUGGUGCUUUUAACAUGGUUUGUGCCAGCAUUGAUAUUUUUCAUUUCAACAAUGGGCUAUCCUUUGUACAGUAAAAAGCCAAAUUUAAGCUUGUCCGAUCUUCAAUGCGACGUACAAUGGAACAAGAAUGCUUAUUUUAAUCUAGGUUUAACGAUUGGCUAUUUUUGGGUAACAUUAUUAGUUAUGUUUACACUCUAUUUUUUUAUUUAUCAAGUUGCAAGUGAACUUGAGAAACGUUCAAAAGCAAAUGCAAAAAAAGUGUCAAGUAUAAUAGGUAUAUCAUCAUCGAAUAUGACAAAUAUCGUAAUAAAUAUGUCAAAAAAUCAUCAACUUACACAAACAACAAUCACAUCGUCGUCAUCGGCACGAUCGAAGAAAAUCAAAUAUCCACAACAAUCGACUCUAUCGUCGAUAUCAAAAUUUGAAACAACUGUAGAUGAUGAUGCUGGAAGUUCAUUUGUGAAUGCAACAAUAGCUAAUAAUAAGAGAUUAUCCAAUGGACUUGAUGCUGCUAACCGUUCAUCGUCACACUAUACUAGCGGCGAACGUACAUCGGUAGCUACAAUAGCUUCAAACAUAACUAAUUUACUUACUAUGACUCGAGUUGGCGUUGGGUCAAAUAGAAAACUAGAAGAAAAUCGAAUACUUUUACCGAUUACACAACAGAAUAGCACGCCAACAUCGACUCCAACAAAGUCGAAGCCAUGCAGUCGAACUAGUGGCACGAGUAGUAAAGCACGAAAAGCAUUACGUACUAUUACUGUUAUUAUGGGUGCAUUUGUUAUAUGUUGGACACCGUGGCAUGUUCACACAAUAAUUCAAACGUUUUGCAAGACAUGUCGUGAGAGUAUUGUGUUUAAUACAUAUCUCUUUCAUGCUUGUUAUUUCCUUUGCUACUUGAAUAGUCCAAUUAAUCCGUUUUGUUAUGCACUUGCCAAUCGACAAUUUAAAAAGACUUACACACGUUUGCUUCGUUGCGAUUUUCGACAAUUGUAA